GCUGCCCGGCCACUACGGAAUCGAAGACCAAGCCAGCUCAUCAAGAUGGAAGGCGCCAAGGUAUACGUCCCCGACGCCAAGGCGGUGUGGGCGCCGGCGACGGUCCUCCGCGCCGAAGACGGCGGCAAGCGGCUCUUGCUGCGCGUUCUCGACGAAGCCACCAAAACGAGCGCCGACAAGUGGGUCGACCUGCGCGACGAGGGCAUGCCCGAGGCCCUCCCGCUGCAAAACGUGCUCGACGCCAAGCAUGGCGCGGCGACGCUCCAGGACGUCGGCGUCGAAGACAUGUGCUCGCUCAACCAUCUGCACGAGCCAGCGAUCGUCUUCAACCUCCGCACGCGCUUUGCGGUGCAGUGCCCGUACACGUACACGGGCAGCAUCGUGGUCGCGAUCAACCCGUACGCGUGGCUCAACCUCUACUCAAAGGAAACGCAGCGGCUGUACGCUGGCGACCGCUCCGGGCUGCCGCCGCACGUCUACGCGACAAGCGCGGCCGCGUUCGAGUCGAUGGCGCUCUACGACCGCCCGCAGAGUAUCCUCGUCAGCGGCGAGUCGGGUGCAGGCAAGACCGAGACCGUCAAGAUCAUGAUGGAGCACCUUGCGAGCCUCAGCACGGACCCAAACAUGAGUAUCAUCGACAAGGUGCUCAAGUCCAACCCGCUCCUCGAGGCCUUUGGCAACGCCAAGACUGUCCGGAACGACAACUCGAGUCGGUUUGGCAAGUUUACGCAGCUGCAGUUUGACGCGGACCAGCGCAUGGUCGGCGCAAAAUGCCGGCACUACCUCCUCGAGAAGUCGCGCGUCAUCGGCCAAGCCGAGUACGAGCGCAACUACCACAUCUUCUACCAGCUCAAGGCGUCAAAAGAGCCCGAGUGGGCCCUCGCCGAGACGACGUUCACGUACCUUCGCGACGAUGCACCGCUGCUUCUGGACGGCGAGACGGACGCAACACGAUACCAGACGACCCGUGACGCGCUCUCGACGAUCGGCGUGUCAUUCGACGAGCAAAUGGCGCUGCUCAACGCCCUCGCCGGCAUCCUGCACUUGGGCCAAGUGGCAUUUGCGACCAAAGCCGAGAACGCCGAAGAGUGUGCGCCCCUCACGUCGUCGCCGCACUGGGCGCACGCGUGUCGCCUGCUCGGGUUUGAGGUCGACCCGACCGCCUUGGGAAGCGCGCUCUGCAGCCGGACGGUCAAGGCGCGCAUGGAGGUCUAUGUCGUGCCGUUGACGAUCGACCAAGCGACGGCCAACCGCGAUGCACUCGCCAAAGAAGUGUACGCGCGCCUCUUUGGCCACCUCGUGCAGCGGGUCAAUGAGAGCAUCUCGAACGACGAGGCCAUGGUCGGUCACAUGGAUCUGCUCGACAUCUUUGGCUUUGAAGCGUUCGAGACCAACCGGUUUGAACAGUUUUGUAUCAACUUUGCCAACGAAAAGCUCCAGCAAAAGUUUACCCACGACGUCUUCAAGAGCGUCCAGGACGAGUACACGCAAGAAGGGCUUGGCUGGACGUACGUGAGCUUCCGCGACAACCAAGACAUGCUCGACAUGCUCGAAGCGCCGCUCGGCGUCAUCUCGCUCCUCAACGACGAGUGCAUUCGACCGAUGGGCAACGACCUCGCGUUCUGCUCCAAGGUGCUCUCGACGCAUGACGCAAAUCCGCGCUUGGACAAGCAGCGCGCGCGGCUGAGCGCAGCGCACUUUGCGUUGCGGCACUAUGCAGGCACCGUCAUGUACCACGUUGAAGCGUUCGUCGAUACCAACAAGGACGCGCUCUCGUCCGAUGUCCUCGCGCUGCUCGGCGCCAGUGCCAACACCAUCAUCGCCAGUGUCUUUGAACCGGCACCGAUCAAGAAGCCGAGUGUCCUUGGCGGCCGCCGCCAGUCGACCGCGUCGUUCAUGGGCGAGACGGUCAUUUCCAAGUUCAAGGCGCAGCUCACGGGUCUCAUGGCCGACAUUAGCGAUACGCAGACGCACUACAUUCGGUGCAUCAAGCCCAACAGCGCAAAGUCGAGCACGCUCUAUGACGUGCCGGGCGUCAUCGAGCAGCUGCGCUGCGCCGGCGUCGUCGAAGCCAUUCGCAUCUCGCGUGCGGCAUUUCCCAACAAAAUGUCGCACGAACGCUUCUUGCAGCGGUUCUUUGUCAUGUGGAAGGAUGACGCGCCGCCGAAAUCGGGCGCGACGGUCGCGACAGCGUGCGUCACGGUCGCGUCCGGGCUGCUCGGCGCGCCCGAGUCCAAGGACACGUUCGUCAUGGGCUCGCACCAUAUGUACUUUGCGGCCAACGUCCUCGAAGACCUCGAGCACCGGCGGAUCCUCUUUGUGCAAGACCGUGCGAUCGCGAUCCAGCGCGUCUUCAAAGGGUACCGCGUGCGCAAGAUGUAUACGCGUGUGCGCUCGGCCAUUGUUCGGCUGCAAGCCAACUUUCGCCGCCGCCAACGCCGCCGCCGGUUCCAGCUCGUGCGCCGACGCUGCAUUCUCUUGCAGUCGCUCUGGCGCGGUCGCCACGCGCGGUCGGCGCUGCAUCAGCACAAGCUGUACACGAGCGCGGUUGUCUUGCAGCGCAACUGGCGCACGUACAAGGCCCAAAAGUCGUAUUUGCGACUUCGCGCCGCCGUCGUCGCGAUCCAAGGCCAAAUCAAACAACGCAAGCUCGAGGCCAAGCGCAAGCUCGAGGCGGACGAGCUGGCCAAGCAGCAGAGCAUCGAGCACGAGCUCCACGUGCUGCAGAUUCGUUUGGACGAGGAAAAGGCCAUGCGCGCCCAAAUGGAAGCCGCCAACUCGACGCUCCAGCAGCAGCUCCAAGACGAGCAGCGACCGUCGUCGCUCGCGCGUGGAAGCGCCGACGACCUCUCGCUUCUGGACGACUCGGGCCGCAUGCUCUCGACGCUGCAGCUGCAGGUCACCAAGUGGCGCGACCUCCACGCGUCGGCGUCCCACGAGCUCGAGGGACUUCGGUCGGAGAACAAGCGCAUCAAGGAAGCGUACACGGCGGCCGGCGCCUCCUUUGCAGCGCUCAACCAGCACAACAAGCAGCAGUCGAAAGCGAAUCUGCGUCUCAUGAGCACCCACGCGGCGCUCAUCAAGAGCCAAGAGGAGAAGAUGAAGAAGUACAUCAAGCAGGUCCACGACCUCAAGGAAGAGGUCCGGCUGUCGAAAGCCUCGACGCUGCACGACGAUAGCACCCAAGACCAUGUGCUUCAAGUGCUUCGGGAUGCCCGCGUGUCGCCCGACGUCCUGGCCAAAGUCCGCACCUGCUUUGACGGCAGCGCGCCAACGUACCGUCUUGUUGUUGAAGCAGCUCACAUGGAAAUGCGAUACGACUGUAGGCACGAGGUGGAGAUCGACGAACGGCACUCGGACGCGUACUCGAUCGGCGAAGGCUCGACGGCGACGACGGCGGCAACGACCAACUGGGCCCACCCGCAGGGCAAGAUGCGUCCGUCGAGCACGAGCUCCAUGUACUACGACGACGAGAAGCACCGCAAGUCCAAGAUCGGCGGCAUGUUCAAAAAGAUGUUCAAGAAGGACGAUUAGCUGGACUCCUCAACUUGAUAUAUUGAUAGUAUAUACCUCGACCUGAUAUGUUGAUAAUUUAGUAUAUACCCUAUCGCCCCGUCGAUGGCGUUUGAAACUCA